CACAGCAGAGCAGCUGCCGCGCACCGUCAUUUAUUGUUACAACAACAAGUUACAAAAGAUUGCGUUGCGACGAGUAUUUACGCAACGAACGGCAACGGAAACACAGAGCUGAACACAUGGCCACCGCAGUAGCAAAAGUUGGAAAAUCGGUUCACCGCAUAUUCGUGGGUAACUUGCCCUGGACAGUGGGCCAUCAGGAGUUGCGUGGCUAUUUCAAGGAAUUCGGUCGUGUCCUAUCGGCAAACGUCAUCUUUGACAAGAAGACAGGCUGCUCGAAAGGCUACGGCUUUGUCAGCUUCAACAGUUUGACAGCUCUAGAGAAAAUCGAGAACGAACAAAAGCACAUACUGGAGGGGCAUCAUCUCAAUAUACAAAAGUCGUAGAGAGCAGGCGGC